GCUGGAGCACGCCAGCAGUGGGGCUCGCGGCCACCCAGCACCUGCUCAGACAGGAAGCUGCGGCCCAGGACUGUGUGGCUGGUGGGGGCCAGGGUGGGCCAGGCCUGGGCCUGCCCCGUCCUUGCCUCCUUGGGCCCAUGAGCAUCAACGUCUCUAUAGAGACCAAGGACCCUGGAUUCCUCCAGUGACAGGGGUUUGGCCUCUGGACAGAGAGGUCCCGGAUGUUACAGGUCAGAGCCCUCCAGACCCCCAAGGACUGUACUCACUGCUCAGAAAUAGCUGCUGCCUCUGGGCAACCUUGUAGGCACCUUCUCCACCCAGGACAUGGGCACCCGUGACGAUGUCCCCGAAGCCAAGGUCCUGGUCCCCGUGGCCGUGUACUGCGGGAGCAUCCCUCGGACCAGUGCUGGGCCCCGGGUGCUCCCGCCUGGAAGCAUCAACUCCAGUCUGCCUCAUGGAGAAGGUUCCCUCCAGCCUGAGCCAAGAGCCCUGCUGAACAACGAGGAACCGUCACAGCUCCUGAGUGGACUCGGACAGCUGGGUGGCCUCAAGCUGGACACCCCUUCCAAGGGCUGGCAGGCAAGGAAUGGUCACCCCAGGAACCUCAGGGCCUUGUCUUUGGGGGCCCAGCCCCUGGUGCUCCUCCCUUCUCCGGAGUCAGAGGCCAACAGCGUGGCCAGGGACACCAUCCAGAUUAAGGACAAGCUCAAGAAAAGGAGGCUCUCAGAGGGCUUGGCAGCGUCUUCCCGAGACUCUCUGGAUCCAGGGGGAGGCCCCCAAGGAGUUCCCCUGCACAGCACCAUCCCCCGAGCCACCUCUCAGAGGCUGCUGAGGGUGCCCAGGCUGAUGCCUCCCAUCCAGAGCAUCCCUACCACCCCUGAGGCCAGCGGAGUCAAAGAGAAGGGCCUGGACCUACCGGGGAGCAUUCCGGGUCCUCACGAGUUGAGACCUGGUGCUCAGGAGGCGCAGAUCUCCCGGCAAUACCUGCACUGCAAUGAUGAGAAGAUGCAGAAGUCCCUGGGCGCCAUCGUGAUCCCACCCAUCCCAAAGGCCAGGACGGUUGCAGCGACCCCCUCCCGUGUGCCUGGCUCCCUUCCCAGCCCAUUACCUCCAGGCCAGGGAGUCCUCACAGGCCUGAGGGCCCCACGCAUGCGAUUGGCUCGGGGGAGUGGGCCUCGGGAGAAGACCCCUGCAUCUCUGGAGCCAAAACCUUUGGCCUCACCCAUCAGAGACAGGCCUGCCGCUGCCAAGAAGCCUGCCCUGCCUUUUUCUCAGUCUGCUCCCAUGCUGACAGCCUUCUCCUUUGACUGUGCCAAAGAAGCCUGCCCUCCGCUGAAAGAAGAGGACCAGAAGGAGAUCGGCACCAAGAUCCAAGUCACCAUCUCCAAGUCUGCCCAGGAGAAGAUGCGGCUGAAGCAGAUGAAGGAGAUGGAGCUGCUUCGGAGGCUGGAGGAGCCCAAGACAGGGCAGGAGCUCACUCCCCAGGGCCUGGGCUCCCAGAGAGCCUUCAUGAAGGAAGGCCUCCUUCCCCUCCGGGGCAGCAGGACCCUGUCUGUGCCCACUAGGCUGAGCGGCCCACGCAGAAACGACGUCGGCGUCAUCCUGAGGAAGUGGGCCAGCCGGGCCUCCCUGCCCAGCAUCCCCGUCAGCCGGCAGGAGCCCCGCUUUGCCCGCCACGCCUCAGCUAACUCAUUACCUGCGGUGCUCACAUUGGGGUCUCCUGAAUGGGAAGAAGAGGAGGAGAUGGAUCUUAGAGCCUGUAAGGAGUUGAGGCCUUUCUCGAACCCGGAGCUGGGGCUGAGGGAUGCACUCCAGUGCCUCAACAGCAGUGACUGGCAGAUGAAGGAGAAGGGUCUGGUGAGCAUCCAGCGCUUGGCAGCCUGUCACUCGGAGGUCCUCACCGGGAGGCUGCACGACGUGUGCUUGGCGGUGACUGGGGAGGUCACCAACCUGCGGUCCAAGGUGUCUCACCUGGCCAUCAGCACCUUGGGAGACCUCUUCCAGGCCUUGAAGAAGAAUAUGGACCAGGAGGCCGAGGAGAUCGCCCGCUGCUUGCUGCAGAAGAUGGCGGACACCAACGAGUUCAUCCAGAGAGCAGCUGGCCAGUCUCUGAGGGCUAUGGUGGAGAAUGUGACCCUUGCCCGCUCCCUGGUGGUCCUCACCUCGGCGGGUGUCUACCACCGGAACCCCUUGAUCCGGAAAUAUGCGGCUGAGCACCUCUCAGCUGUGCUGGAGCAGAUCGGCGCUGAGAAGCUUCUCUCGGGCACCAGAGACAGCACAGACAUGUUGGUGCACAACCUGGUGAGGCUGGCGCAGGACUCCAACCAGGACACCAGAUUUUAUGGCCGGAAGAUGGUGAAUAUCUUGAUGGCAAACACUAAGUUUGAUGCAUUUCUGAAGCAAUCUCUCCCAUCUUACGACUUGCAGAAGGUCAUGGCGGCCAUUAAACAGCGGGGAAUAGAAGAUAAUGAUGAACUUCCCUCUGCCAAAGGCUGCAAGGUGUUGAGGAGUCUGGUGGUGUGUGAGAACGGGCUGCCCAUCAAGGAGGGGAGGUGGCAUGGGACCAGAAGUGGGUUCAUUCCCCGGGCUCUUCCCUGGGGGGUUCAGACGCCACGCUCCUUACCUAGGCUCAGCUGCAAUGGCCCAAGGCUGGUGGGGCUGCGCUCCACACUGCAGGGCCGCGGGGAGAUGCUGGAGCAGCUACGGGAGCUGACGCGGCUGCUGGAGGCCAAGGACUUCCGGUCCCGGAUGGAAGGCGUGGGGCAGCUCCUGGAGCUCUGCAAGGCCAAGCCGGAGCUUGUCGCUGCCCACCUGGUCCAGGUCUUUGAUGCUUUCACCCCAAGGCUUCAGGAUUCCAACAAGAAAGUGAACCAGUGGGCGCUGGAGUCUCUUGCCAAGAUGAUCCCCCUCCUCAAAGAGAGCUUACACCCCAUGCUGCUCUCCAUCAUCAUCACUGUUGCAGACAACCUCAACUCCAAGAACUCAGGGAUUUACGCUGCUGCCGUGGCUGUGCUGGAUGCGAUGGUUGAGAGCCUGGACAACCUUUGCCUUCUACCAGCGUUUGCUGGGCGAGUGCGUUUCCUGAGUGGCCAUGCGGUGCUGGAUGUCACAGAUCGCCUGGCAGUGCUGGUGGCCUCAGUUUACCCCCGGAAGCCUCAAGCUGUAGAGCGGCAUGUCCUUCCCAUCCUCUGGCACUUCCUGAACACCGCCACCGGGAAUGGCACCCUGCCUGGACCCAGCGGGAACAUCCGCGGGGUGGUGUGCCGGCUGUCCAGGAGCCUCCAGGAGCACAUGGGCUCCCGCCUGCUGGACUUUGCCGCCAGCCAGCCAAAGCACGUCCUCAAGACGCUCCAGGAACUCUUAGACUCAGAGUCCUUGGGAGGCAGCCGCAAGGCCACUGACAGAGGGGUGGCCCCUGACAGCAAGACAACUGGCAGCUCAUACCCUUUUCAGCUGGAUUAAAGAUGGAUCUGAAA